CCCUCGAUAUGGAAAACAGAGACCCGCUUUUUUGCCAUUUUUUCUUUCUUUUCUAUGUAUUCUCUGCAGCUGCUGCUACCUCAUUUAACCGCCAGGUAUAUAUAGUAUAUUGUGGAGAACACAGUGGGUUAAAAACUGAGGAAGCGAUAAGAGAAGAUCACCAUUCGCUUCUACUUUCGGUAAAAGAUGGAGUUGAGGAAGCAAGGGACUCUAUUCUGUAUAGUUACAAGAACAGCAUCAAUGGCUUCGCGGCUUGGCUCACUCCUGUUGAAGCAGCAAGAUUAUCUGAGGUUGAAGAAGUGGUAUCAGCAUUUCCAAGCCAGGCAAGGACCAUGCACACAACUAGGUCUUGGGACUUUUUGGGGAUGGAGAAUGAACUUUAUGGGACCACAAAGGGCAUAUUGAACAAAGCAAAACAGGGAAAAAAUGUAAUUGUUGGGCUUCUAGACUCUGGUAUAUGGCCAGAGUCAGAAAGCUUCAGCAACCAAGGAAUGGGCCCCAUUCCUAAGAGAUGGAAAGGAAUAUGUCAAGAGGGCCAAGCUUUUAACUCUUCCCAUUGCAAUAAGAAGCUAAUAGGGGCUAGAUACUACUUAAAGGCCUAUGAGGCCCAAUAUGGCCGCCUCAACACGACCGCCGAGUUCCGAUCCCCUCGUGAUCAUGACGGUCAUGGUACACACACCUCCUCCACCGCAGUCGGCCAAUCUGUGCACGGUGUCUCUGCUCUGGGUGGCUUUGCAUUUGGGACUGCUAGUGGAGGUGCCCCUCGUGCUAGAGUUGCAAUGUACAAAGUUUGUUGGCCUCUACCAGGUGGUGAUCCUGCGCUCGAGAACACAUGCUUUGAGGCAGAUAUGCUUGCUGCAAUUGACGAUGCUUUGGCGGAUGGGGUCGACAUACUGAGCAUUUCAAUUGGGACCACAGGGAAGCAACCUACGUACUCAAAUGAUGGAAUUGCCCUCGGAGCUCUGCAUGCGAUGAAGAAGAAUGUGUUAGUCGCUUGCAGUGCCGGGAACUCGGGACCGACCCCAGCCACCGCAUCAAACCUUGCACCUUGGAUCUUGACUGUAGCAGCAAGUAGUAUCGAUCGAUUGUUCCCAUCUCCCGUGGUUCUUGGCAAUGGUGUCGUCGUCAAGGGCCAAACCAUAACUUCAUUCAAGUUGAAAAAAAGGUUCUACCCCAUUGUCUUUGCAGCUAAUGCUGUUGUUCCGGGCACCCCAAAGAACAUCUCUGCAGGGCAAUGCCUUCCAAACUCUCUCGACCCCAAAAAGGUAGAGGGCAAAAUAGUCUUUUGCUUGAGGGGUAACGGCGCUAGGGUGGGCAAGGGCUUCGAAGUGAAAAGAGCCGGUGGCGCUGCCCUUAUUCUAGGAAACCUCCCUACAAAUGGCGCCGAAAUUUCGGUCGAUGCCCAUGUUUUACCCGGAACGGCACUUAUUUCAACUGAUGCAACCUCCAUCCUCCAUUAUUUGAAUUCUUCCAAGAAUCCGACGGCUAAAAUUAUUCCUGCUACGACGGUGAAUGGUUACAAGCCGGCUCCCGUUAUGGCAGCGUUCUCAUCUACCGGACCUAACGUUCUCGACCCCAACAUUCUCAAGCCGGACAUAACAGCACCUGGUCUAAAUAUUUUGGCUGCAUGGAGCAAGGCAUCAUCACCCACAAAAUUAGCGGCUGACAAGAGGCGAGUGAAGUACAAUGUGUUAUCUGGGACGUCCAUGUCCUGCCCUCACGUUGCCGGAGUUGCGGCCCUCCUCAAAGCCAUUCACCCUAGGUGGUCUGCAUCCGUAAUUAAGUCGGCCCUAAUGACCACAGCAAGCUUGACAAACAACAUGGGCAAACCGUUAGAAGAUGCAUCCGGAUCACCAGCUGGUCCCUUCAACUAUGGGUCUGGCCACCUUAAUCCGGCCAUGGCAGCAGACCCGGGCCUUGUCUACGACGCUUCUUACAUCGACUAUCUUGUCUUCCUUUGCAAAAGUGGAAUCAAAAUCGACCGAUCUUACACUUGUCCUAAGUCUCCACCAAACCCAAGUGACCUCAACCUUGCUUCAGUCACAAUCUCUAAGCUUAAGGGCACAAAGACAGUUACAAGGACAGUUACGAAUGUUGGUGCAAAGAAAGCAUUAUACAGUCUUAGCCUUGCAUCACCAAAUGGAGUUUUGGUUGAUAUUGAGCCCAAGGAGUUAUAUUUUAGAAGGGAUGGAGAGAAGAAGAGCUUUUCACUGACUUUUAAGGUUGGGCCAAGGGUUCCAAGAAGCAUGAAAAAUGGGAGUUAUUCUUUUGGGUGGUAUAUGUGGAGUGAUGGGAUGCAUAAAGUGAGGAGCCCAAUUGUCGUUUCUCUAGCAAAUUGAAGGAAAAAUACGAUUAAAAAGGAGGAAAAAUAGAAUAGAAGGGAAGAAAUUAAUAGAGAAGGCUAAGAAAAAAGAAAAAAAGAAAA